AUGCCAUGGGUAUGCUUGGGGCUCAUAUUGUUUAGCCAUGUAGCCAUCGCCAACAAUAGGUAUAAAUCGAGACCUGAUCUGUCCCCACCCCGUCUCAAUAUCACCAUUCCUCCGACCCAUGGGCUAGAACAAGGAUACAUAUUCAUCGCCCCAUUCAAUGCCGUUUCCGAGCCGGCACAUCGAGCACCACAGCAGCCUGGUGCGUACAUUUUCAGCGACAACGGCGACCUAGUCUGGUCCGGGUACACCUACUUCUCUACCUGGACAGGGAACUUUCAGGCCGCGCGAUGGAAUGGUCAGGAUGUUUUAGCCGCUUUCGAAGGUGCCCACAAUGGACUUUAUGGCCAUGGUCAUGGCCAUCAUGUGCUCCUGAAUCAGCGGUAUGAGACGAUCAAAGAGCUCCGAGCGGGUAAUCAUCUGCUCUCCGAUAAACAUGAGUUCGAGAUCUUGAACGAAUCGACAGCACUGAUCCAGAUUCAUCACCCGGAAGUGCGAGAUCUGAGCAAUUACACAUCCGACCGACGGCAACAUUGGAUUGUUAACGCGAUAUUUCAAGAGUUGGACAUCAGUGAUGGCAAAGUGUUGUUCGAAUGGCGAAGCCUGGAUCAUAUUGGCCCGGAGGAAUCUGCUCUUCCACUUCCCAAGGAUCAAGCGGGGAUUGGCCACAAUAGCUCUACUGCUUGGGAUUAUUUUCACAUCAACUCAGUAACCAAGGGCAUUGACGGUCACUACCUUGUGUCUGCACGUCAUGCCAGCACCGUUUACAAGAUUAACAGCACAGAUGGCAGUGUUAUCUGGCGAUUAGGAGGGUCACGAUCCGACUUCACCCUGGGCCCUGAAGUAGAGUUUGGCUUUCAGCAUCAUGCCCGGUUGCUUAAUCAGGUCGAUAAUAGCGGUGUGACAACAAUAACGCUAUUUGACAAUGCCGUAUACGGCUCUGAAAGUGGCGGUGGUGGUGACAAGGAAGUACAGAUUUAUCCCUACUCCCGCGGCAAAAUCCUCAAAUUGGAUCAUCAUAAUCGCCACGCAGCCCUCGAGUCCUCGUUUAUUCCUCCUGAUUUACUGCUCGUAAAGUCACAAGGAUCACUCCAAACCCUUCCUAAUGGUAAUGUGUUCAUAAACUGGGGCUCAGAGGGAGCGGUAACCGAAUUUUCGUCCGAUGGAGAACCUCUCUACCAUGCUUAUCUGGACUCCCGACCGCUCAGCCGCGGCGACGUGCAGAAUUAUCGGGCCUUCCGGGCAAAUUGGACAGGGAUUUCCAGUGAGGAGCCCGCUGUGGUAGCCUUUCAGCGACGUGGGGCCCAUGGGGGCAACGGUGGAACAGAUAUAUACUUAUCGUGGAAUGGGGAUACAGAGACGGCCGAAUGGCGGCUUCAGUUCCAGGUGGACACCAGGGACAGCUUGCCGAUUGGGUGGAGCGAAGAUGUUCGGAACGAAGAAUUUGAGACAACUGCGACACGACAGGGAUUUGAGACUGUUCAUCAUGUACCCUUUGCACUGCAAAGUGUUCGUGCACAAGCCAUUGCUGCAGAUGGAAAAGUUCUUGCCUUCUCUAACCGAGUGCAAGUACAAGCAUGGGAGGUCUAUGAAUACCUGCUCGAGGAAGACGACUUUGAAGCUGCCGAUCCGAAAGCCAUAUCACCUGGGUCGCACCUGCCCCCGCUGCGGUUACAGAAAGCCGAUCAGUUGUGA